CUCAGUUCCCGACACAAUCCAGUUACCAACACGAUGUCGCAAACCUCAAACUUGCCAGUCUAUCUCCUCUUACUCGCCAUUUCCGGCAGUCUAUCCUACGAUGUACCUAAGGCCACCGUCAAGGUUAAUUCUCCCAAGGGCUUCGAAGUCUCCAUUCCCGACGAACCGGGCAUUUCGCUGUUCGCCUUUCAUGGCAAGGUCAAUGAGGAAAUGGAUGAUCUCUCCGAUCAGACCUGGGCAGCCGACAUAGUAAGUUCCCGAAAUGGACGCUGGACAUAUCGCAACCGGAACCAACAACUUAAAACUGGAGAUGUUUUGUAUUAUUGGACAACGGCACGCUACCAUGGCGUCGACUACCACAACUAUAACCAGGUACAUGUGGUCGGCGGCGGGGAUUCCCAGAGAAUCGAUGUGAACGGCUCAAACGGUGGCCGACAACCUAUUGUCGCCAAUGGCCAUAAUACGAUCAAUAUAUUUGUUCAAUAAAUCAAGUGUAAAAAAAAUUUUACAAGUUUUCUUACUCUA